UAAUCAAAAUAUAAGUAAACAAAUAUUUUCAAAAUGUCCCAAAUAUGAUUGUAACACUUGAACGUUCUUGUUUGUUACUUUAGAAAGUAAGUCUCUACGAAAUUCUGAAAUCUUCAAAAUGUGCCAAAUUCUUGCAACGAUUCUAAUUUGAGACUGAUUCAGUAUAAAAUGAAAUUAAAUUUCGCCUUCUAUUUUCAUAUUUAGCCUAAGAUAUGCACUUCAUUUCCUUUGUUUCACCACAUUUUAGAAAACCACCAUAACAUUUACGACGCGCGUAUCUUGACCAAUUUUGUUGAAUACACUUGUUCGAGUUAUGUGAAUAAUAAAUAAAUCUAUGUUUAUUCGAUAUUUAUGAUUUUCAUUCCUCAUUUCCCCAAUUUUGACCUUGAGAAUGUAAGAGAAGCCAUUGCUGGAACGCGCAUGCGUAUCUUCCGUCGUUUAAGAGUGAAUAAAUCAAUAGCUGAAGCAGACAGCAAACGGACCCUAACAAUACGUCGACCACAACAAAUAUCCGGACGUUUAUCAAAAUGCUGCCAGCACUGGUGUUUCUUCUAUCCCUAUCAGGAAUCUACGGUGAACCAGAAACAGUGAGGGAUAACUUUGACUACUUCAGUUACGGUUCUAAUGACGAUAUUCUUAAAAACUUGGAUCUCCAUUUGCCGAAAGAUGAAAUAGUUUUGAGACCUCAAGAAGUGAAGGACUGGCCUCAAACAUCUUUGAACGUUGGGCAAAUAACCGCUGUAUCCAUAAACUCUUUGGGACAACCCGUGAUAUUUCACAGAGCUGAACGAGUAUGGGACGAGAGCACCUUCAACGAAUCCAAUGCUUAUCAGAACUUGGACAAAGGACCUAUUAUAGAAGACACGAUCCUGGUUCUCGAUCCUCACACGGGGUCUGUACUCCACAGUUGGGGGGCCUAUGCCUUCUACAUGCCUCAUGGCCUAACCGUAGACCAUCACGAUAAUGUCUGGGUCACUGAUGUCGCCAAACAUCAAGUUUUCAAGUACACUCCAAACAACCACAAAUACCCAAGCCUGACUAUCGGAGAAGCGUUCACAGCUGGCUUCCCCUACAGACGACGCGUGUUACUCUGUAUGCCAACCUCCGUCGCCGUUGCCACUACCGGAGAAAUAUUCGUCGCUGAUGGCUAUUGCAACAACCAGAUACUCAAGUUCAAUGCUGCUGGGAAACUAUUGCUGGCUAUACCUUCUUAUUCGGACUCCAUGACCUUGAACCUCCCACACAGCGUGACUUUGCUGGAGCAUUUGGACAUUGUGUGCGUCGCAGACAGGGAGAAUAUGAGGAUCGUUUGCCCGAAAGCAGGUCUGAAGAGUUACGUGAAAAUGUUUGAGCCGGCGACUGUGAUUGAGGAUCCUACUUUGGGCAGGGUGUUUGCUGUAGCCUCGCAUGGUGACACGAUCUAUGCUGUGAACGAACCAACGUCCCAGAAUAUUGCCGUCCGAGGAUUUACUGUGAAUGCGCUUUAUGGAAACAUCUUGGACACAUGGGAACCCACAACUGGAUUCACGAACCCACACUCGUUGGCUGUCACACGGAACGGAUCUCACCUCUACGUCACAGAGAUUGGGCCCAACAAGAUUUGGAAAUUCGAAUUGACAGAUGUAUAUGAUAAGAAGUAAACCGUCUAUUAGAACAAAUAUAGAGCUAUGUUUAUCAACUUCAGAGUAUAAUAGAUAAAUUGCUUGACGGUGAAUCAAAUUCGCCUGAAUAUAGGAAAGAGAUGCGAUAUGUAAAUGAAGAUUUUAGGAACGUAAUACCUGCUCAUGUAUUAAUUAAUUAUCCGCAUUUAACCAACAAAUCUGGUAGAUCUUGUAAGUUAGACGUGUUCUUUCAAAAUGCUUUGAUAGCUCACCUAACCAUGGCUAAUCAUAGAGAGAGAUUUAACUUGCUUCUUCAUAACAUGUAAUAGAUUCUGUAGUGUUUACAUAAACUACUUUAAACUCAUAUUUAAAGGUUCCUGCCAUAUUGGCUCAUGUAACGAAAAUAUGUAUGUAUGAUAGUUGUAAAGGGAAUUGUUUAUUUAAUAUUAAUUAAAGGGCCAAUAUAAAAACA